UGUCCCCACGCUUAGCAUGCUAGCCUGGUCAAUGACACAUCGACAACGGGGGAAAUAUAUGUAUGUCGAUGUGUCAUCCAACUGACAGGGAAAAAUUUAUUUUUCGAUAUUUUGCCCUAUGUAGAUAUGGGUAGUGUCAGUGCCUAUUUUGUUCUCAAUAUGCUGAUACGCUGAGGAAAUGUGUUCCAACAUUAGCACGGCUAUUUGCUUUUUCUGGUACUGUAUGUGCAUCAGGCACAUAUGGGGUGGUAUUUGGCACAAUAUCAAUCAAUCAAUCAAUCAAUGUUUAUUUAUAUAUCCCUAAAUCACAAGUGUCUCAAAGGGUUGCACAAGCCACAACGAUAUCCUCGGUACAGAGCCCACAUAAGGGCAAGGAAAAACUCACCCCAGUGGGACGUCGAUGUGAAUGACUAUGAAAAACCUUGGAGAGGACCGCAUAUGUGGAUAACCACCCCCCUAUAGGGGAUAAUGCAUUACAUGUCAUGAUUUUUUACUUUGUGUAUUGACAUGGUAGUAGGCUAUAUGAUUUCUGCGUAACGUGGGUUGGCUCAUAGAAUGGCACUCUGCACUGAAAGAUGGUGAUGUGCGUACAUGGAAGAGAAAGCAGUGCGUCAGGUUGGAUGCAACAUGGAGUUAUGCAGAACCAAAUGUGGCAGUAAUUUUACUUUUGGCCUUGGCUUGCCAUCAAAGUAGGCCUAUGCGAUAUAUAAUAUAUAUUAUUAUGUAUAAUUAUUUCGAUGGUGGUCCGUGCGGUCAAACUCGACAUUUUAGCAGGGUAAUGCCAACAAUCUGUCCCGACUCCUGACGAAAAUUUUGCUGCGUAACUUUACAAAUACAUUUGGCUAAUCGACAUCAGUAAAAGAUGGCAUAAUUUCUUCGUAAACCAUCUUGCAAGAAGCAUAAACAAGAGAAACCUACAGCCUAGGACUCGUCGUUUGCCAUUUGAAGUUCCUUGGAUUCGGAUUCGGCUGUGUAUCUGGCAACCUCAGUCAUGGAGAGAGGGAGGGGACUACGGAAUUUUGACUGUGAUUGCAGUACCAUUUCUGGCCACAUUAUUACAUAUGGCACCUUUAAAGUAUCUCAACAAUAGAACACAGAACCAAAGAAGUGUUACCACCUAAAAUGGAAUUAGCACAAGGCCUUCUGCACAAAUGACUGAAUUACCUUCUCCAAACUGUAUUUUGACCUUUUACAUAAAUGCUCAUUAGAUUGUAGUAUUGUCAUAAUAAAGAUAGCAAAUUGGGAAUUUUCAUGAGUGAAUUUAAAGUUGGGUUUAUACGUGAGAUUGAUCUUAUAUUUGUAAAUAAGUCUUGAAGCAUUAAAAUUCUGCCAUGCUUAAAGUUAUUUUCUUUGUGGUUAUUUUGCAUUCUCUUACUUUGGAUAUUAACACAAAUCAGUAUUGUCGUCACUCAAAGAAGCAGGCAAAUAUUAGAUUUGAUUAGGACAUAUCAAAACACCAAGAAUAAGUUGAUGCAUCUUUUUAAAUUGUUAUUUAACAUGUCCUGUCCAGCCACUCAGGCAAAUCAUAUUGUUGAUAGAUAGAUAGUACUUUAUUGAUUCCCUCAGGAAAAUUGAUGUAGAUGCCCAUAUCUGCUGCACAAAUUGGCUUUACAAAUGAGAAGUGUUGGGAUAUUUCUCUUGUUGCCCCAUUUGUAUUUGACUUAAUUAAAUGGAUAUAUUUAGGGUUUGGCGUUAAUGGACCCAGAGGAGAUAGAAAGGGGGUGGGGGAAAGAAAGAGGAAGAAAUUGCAGGGACAAGAGAGUGAUAAGACAGAAAAUAAAAACAACAGCAGAACUACAUCAGCAAAUAUGAUAUUCAGUAUACAAAUAUGAUACCACAAAUUAUAAAGAGCAAGUUAAUUAUUUUAAAUUAUAGGAAUUAUUUUCAACAAAAAGUCUUUGUGCAUACAGUCCAAUAUUUUCAUGGAUGCUGUGAGAUAUUGUAAAUAUUGAACAGCGUGUCUAACUGGAAAAAGGCAAACGUCACACCCUGUGUAAAUGAAACAAAAACCUAUUCAGAAUCAAAAAUACUUGAAUAAUCCCCGAGGGGAAAUUAAGAUUUUCAGCACAAUCCCAUUCAAGAGCAGACAAACAUUACAGGGAGACAAAGAAGGUGAGAAACAGGUGAACGCUGGGGAGGAGGCCACUGGAGAGGGGGGUCCAGACUAAGGCCAAGGAAGAAGAAAAAAAAACUCAUAACCAUAGUACACAUAAGCAUGUGUGUAAGAGGGAAACAUCAAAGAACACAAAGGACAUUAAAGACAUUAAAAGAGCACAGCUGAUGCAACCAUUUCUACAUACAGCUCCAAAGUAAAACAACAAAAAACAUAUACACUGUGGUGUAUAUGCCAAAUGUAUGUUAAUGAAAACUAUUCAACAAAACAUCAUAAUUGUCCAACUAAUUAUAGGUGUAAAAAAUAAGUGUGUCAACUUCUGGUCUCAAGUUGAGAGGAUCUUCAGUGGCAGUUGGAUGACGUAAUCAAAGAGCUUUUAGACAGUAUAUGUAUGCAGCUCCCAUGGAAUGCAAGCGAAGAUCACUUGGGACCCAGACAGAGCAGAAGGAUCAUUUCACCAGCAUCACAACUUCUACAAUGGAUGUUUUAUCCGCCAUCAGACAUCUGUACAGUCAUGAUGUUGCUGAGAUGCUUGAGCAAAUUCUGCCGAUGUUGCCAUCCUCUUUUUCUGUCGAAGAGGCAAACUUGUACCAAGAGGAGAAGCUACUUCUGAGGCAGUUUGUGAUCAUGAAGCAGCUGGGUGAGGUUCCCAGCUAUGUUUCCGUGGAGCACAUGAAGCAGUGGAUCCUGUCUCGUAGGAGCUUCCUGGAAGAGUUCCAGGGAUUUGACGUAAAGAUGAACCGAAAGAUGUUUCGUCUUCUUGAAUCGGCCUGGAUCAGUGCAAGGUUCAUCUGUCUAAACAAGAUGGAGAAGGAAGUCUGGGAGGAUAUCCAGGAGGAGGUACGGCUUUCACAGCUGCUAGGCAAGAGCGUGACACUGGAAGGUUUCCACAUGUUUUUGUUAGUGGUGUGUCCCAAAGCGGAGGAAGAAGUGGAGUGGUUCCUCAGGCACCUCUUCAACAGGCUGCAGAGCGCAUUAAGAACCUCAACCAUCAUCAGCAUGACCAAGAGAUUAAUGCUACUUUCCCAGUUCCAUCGCUGUACUGACCACCUGGUGAAAGGAGUGGUGGAACGUGUUGUCUGUCUCUUCCUGGAUAAGCAAGAGCCUGGUUCAGACGCUGAGAUGAGACAUGAGGUUGCCAGGAUUGAGAUAGUCAGUAUGCUGGCAUAUACACUGUCUUGCUGCUCCUGGCUCAGUCCCCACAUCGCUGAGGACCAUCUCCUCCACCUCUGCACGUUGAUGGUCAGGGAAAUGAUCCAAAGCAUGUUAGCAGGCUUUGCGGAGUACUUGGAAAACUUCCUGCUGAACUUUGACGAAAGCUUUUUGGCGCCACGGGACAGCAUCAAGAGGGCCAUCAAUGACCUGGUCUCCAUCGCCACCUCUGAAUGCGGUUCUGCAUUUGUUUCUGAGAAAGGUCAUAAGUUCUUUUAAAAUUGACUGUAAACAUGAUCUCAGUUCGGUGUUGUAACAAAAUACAUGUUUUUACAAAUUUACCUCCUUUGCUGCACUUUUAAUAGAAAAAAAAGGUGCUCAGUACAAUGAAAGAAGUGUGUUGUUAGGCCUCAUUUGUCUUAUAAUUUAUUGCUAAUUUCCUUGUCUUGUUCAAUGUAUAUAUGUUUAAAUGGGCUAACCACCAAGUUGUAUUCUUUUAAUAGUAUGUAUAUUUUUAGGUGUUUUUUUACAAUGUAUAUUUUUCCUAGAUUUAGAUAUGCUAAAUAAAAUUAAUUGAUAUCUGUCAAUGGUAUUUGUUUUGAUGUUCUUGAGCCAAAACUGGGCUUUUUAUGGCAGAUGGGGGGUGCGGGGAUAAUUUAUUGCUAAUUUCCUUGUCUUGUUCAAUGUAUAUAUAUGUUUAAAUGGGCUAACCACCAAGUUGUAUUCGUUUAAUAGUAUGUAUAUUUUUAGGUGUUCAGUUUUUUACAAUGUAUAUUUUUCCUAGAUUUAGAUAUGCUAAAUAAAAUGAAUUGAGAUCUGUCAA